GUCAUCAUUCAGGAACGAUAACUGGGAUAUUGACAUUGGAAAUGAAGAUUGGUGUCAGAUUUUAGUCAGAAUACAUGCAACAUAGUUGACCAUGAAUCAACAGUUCUUAGAGACAUAUACAGUGCCAGGUAUGGACAACCAGACAGCCGUGGCCGUCCAGUCCCUGAUUGAUUCCCAGGUCAUCACGGAGACUACUCCUGUUGAUGAAGAUGAUGUUUUUCAAUGUGGCAAGUGCAAGAAGCAGUUUUGCUCCCUGUCAGUCUUUCUGAGCCACAAACAGUCACGCUGUAAUGGCCCUCGUCCCAUAGUGCAACAGGCAGUCUCUCGGACCAAUCAGAAUGCUCAAGACAUUGUCCUUGCCACCAGUGCUAGAGGGGCGGCCCCUGCCCCUGAAACUGUUACUGUUGGCAGGGCACCACAGAUCAUUCAGUCCUCCAUUCCCUCCUACAGUAACGUGACACCAGCUUCAGCCCUUGCUCAGAAUGUGGUCUUAACAGAUGAACUGAUGUCAUUCGCUAAUAUUGAUCAAUCCCUUGGUAACCAGACAUUACAGCUGGGACCUCCUGUUUCAUCAGGUGGAUCCUAUCUGUCUCAGGUGGCAUCCUAUCCCUCCCAGUCUCCUAACAGUGUGACUAUCUUGGGUCCCAUCAACAGUGCCUCCACCCUGCCUACUGGCACCACCACCUUUAACUCGGCAACUCAUAUUCAAAUCCAGCCAGCCCCUACUCAGCAGCCAACACUAGUCACGAGGGCAGAGAAGAGUAUCGCCAACACCAUAGUCAAACCUAGUCCCACUAAAGCUGGGAGAAAAUCUGCCCAGGCUCAUGCUAACCUAGUCACAGUGCUGACAAGUGGGACUGAAACUGCAGGAGUGAGGAUGAGGCGAUGUAAAAAUGGUGGCUUGAUAGUGGAGGGAGAGAAGAAGAAACUGAUCUGCCAGUACUGCAACAAAGCCUUCACUAAAAACUUUGACCUCCAGCAGCACAUUCGAGCACACACAGGAGAAAAACCUUUCCAAUGCAUUGUCUGUGGGAGAGCCUUCGCUCAAAAGUCCAAUGUCAAAAAACACAUGAAUACACACAAGGUUUGGCCAUCAGGAACUGGGAAAACAUUACCAGAACAGCCCCCUCUACAGGUGGAAAAUGUUACUACUGAACAAGGGGAAGAAACCACUAAAGUCGCAGGCAGUGAGAAAGAGCAGGAGAACAACACUACAGCUGAGCCUAAGGAAGACACUAGAACCAAAGUCAUGAUAGACAACUCCUACGUGUGUCAGUAUUGUCCUAGUCGCUUCAAGUCCUACUUCCACCUCAAAUCUCACAUGGUGCAGCACAAAAACCAACAGGUUUUCAAGUGUUCCAUGGCUAAAUGUAGUCGGGUGUUUAAAGAAUUGGACUCCUUUCUGGAGCACAUUAAGGAACAUGAAUGUGAGAUGUCCUAUCGCUGUCAUACCUGUAGUAAGAUGUUUGUGUCUUUGUAUGAAUUGGGCCUCCACCAAUACACACACAGUCUCUACCCUCACCAGGGGCCCAAGACAGGACCAAGGCAUUUUCAGUGCACUCGCUGCAUGAAUAAGUACUCCACCCCCGAGGCCUUGGAGCACCACAUAAACACCUCCUCCCAUGACCACCCCUGUCCUCACUGUAACAAGUCCUUCACCUGUGAGAGAUAUCUACGUCGUCAUUUACCCUCACAUGGAUCAGAAGGUCAAUUUCAGUGUCCAAUCUGUGAAAAGAAAUUCAAAGCCGAGCACUACCUGAAAAUGCAUGCCUUAAUUCACACAGGAGAGACGCCAUUUUCCUGUGAAAUCUGUCACACUGCCUUUAACCGUAAGGACAAACUCAAAAGACACAUGCUGAUCCAUGAGCCAGCCAAGCGGUACAAGUGUCCUUUCAAAGCAGUAACAGGGUGCACUAAGGAAUUCAGUAGGACUGAUAAACUGAAAUCUCACAUAGUAACCCACAGUGGUCUUCGUCCUUACAAGUGUGGAGAGUGUGGAAGAUGUUUCAGCAGAAAACCACACUUGAUCGAGCACGAGAGAGGACACAGAGCAGACUACAAAUUCAAAUGUGAAGUCUGUCAUAGAGGAUUUUUCCGACCCAAACUGUUCAAGGAGCACAAGUGUAUACCGGGUAAAAAUGGAGAGGCACCAGCGAAGGUGUAUCGACCCAGAAAUAAAAGAAAAGUGGGCCGGCCCAGAAAACGCAUGAUAACGGUGGAGGCAGGAAAAGAUAGAAACAAGAAGAGUGAGGUGGAGGAAGACAGUGAGGUGGAAGUUCAGAAUGUGAUGGUCAUGCAGGCUGAGAGUGGGGAGGCGGUGGUGGAAGAAAGCCAAGCAGAAGUGGUGGAAGAGCCGCCCAUCGAAGAACCCUCUCCAAAAACCAUCGUCAAGGAAGAGGAAAGCAGCAAGGUCAAAACAGAAAAACCACCAUUUUGUGUCAAAGUCACCCCUCCUGUUCCACGAUACGUUACUGUCAACAUGGCUUCCCAGCCUAAUAGCCUUCUGGGACAUGGCAUUCAGACACAUUUCCUGCAGACUUCAACCUCUGGUGCAGGUUAUCAGAACAUUGUGUCCCCCCACACCAGUUAUCAACCAGUUACCAUUAUAGAGACUCAGUCAAUUCCUAUACAAGUAACUAAUCUAGAGAACGUAGCUCUAAGUGACCAGCUAUCUCUUCAGAUGGCCUCCUUACAAGGCGGUGUUUCUGUGAGUGACAGUAAUGUGUCUGUGAUAGAGAGUGUCCCCAUGCAGGUUGUGAUGCCUUCAGAUGAUCCCGAUAGCAUGGUGACUACUCACGUUGUGGUAAGCUCCAGUGGACAAGACCAGGGGUAUCCCACCUCACAGCUGGACGAUUUUACGGGGCCAGAGGGAGACCCCGUUUUACAAGGCACUGAAAACCUGCUGAAGGCCCAUGCUGAAAUACUGCAGUCAGCUCAGUAGCAUGUAUUUUUCUAGUACAAAUUCUGAUCGUGGUUGCAUUUGUAAUUUAUUUUGAUCUAUUUAAGCAUAAUUUAUUUAUUGAAAGUUUUAGUUUUU